AUGGGUAACAGAGAAAGGGGAAAUGAAACAGCUGUCACACAGUUCAUCUUCCUCGGGUUUGGGAAUAUCCCACAACUGCAGAUCCUUCUCUUCCUGCUGUUCCUCAUAAUAUACAUUGUGACUAUGGCCGGGAACAUCCUCAUCGUGGUGCUAGUUGUGGCUGAUCAGCACCUUCACACCCCCAUGUACUUCUUCCUGGGGAACUUGUCCUGCCUGGAAAUCUGCUACGCCUCCACCAUCCUGCCCAGGAUGCUGGCUGGUCCCCUGACCAUCUCUGUCAGUGGCUGUAUUGCACAAUUUUAUUUUGCCAGUUUCUUUGCAGCUACCGAGUGCUACCUCCUAGCAGUGAUGUCUUACGAUCGGUAUCUAGCGAUAUGCAAACCUCUGCACUAUGCAACACUUAUGAAUGGCAGAUUCUGCUGCCAGCUAGCAGCUGGGUCAUGGAUAAAUGGAUGUCUGGCUAUUGCCAUCAUAACAUGCCUUAUGUUACAACUACAUUUUUGUGGCCCCAAUGAAAUUGAUCAUUUCUUCUGUGAAUCCACACAAAUAAUCAAUCUCUGCUGUACUGACACCUAUCUGAUAGAGCUUGUCAUUACAAUCCUGGUUGUUCUAUUCACCCUGCCUCCAUUCGCAUUAACAGUGGUGUCCUACGUUUGUAUCAUCUCUACUAUCCUGACCAUCCCUUCCACCACUGGCAGGCAAAAGACAUUUUCCACCUGCUCCUCGCACCUCAUUGUUGUGACAGUGUUCUACGGGACCCUAAUGAUUGUGUAUCUGCUGCCCAAAACCAACACACUCAGAGACCUCAACAAAGUGUUCUCUGUCUUCUACACAAUCCUGACCCCUAUGACCAAUCCCUUCAUAUACAGCCUGAGGAACAAAAAGGUGAUGGAGGCACUGAGAAAAAUUGUCUGUAAAUGUGCAGAUUUUACAAGAAUUCCCAACUGA